CUUCCUCUCUCAAUUACUACUAACUUGCUUUUUGGGUGCAACAACAAUUAAAAAGUUAGAGAGAGAAGAGCCAUUACCAAGAACACCACAGCACCACAAAAGCCUUCUCCUUUUUUAUUUUUAUUUCCAAGUCCAUGUAAGAAAAAAGAAAGGAUUACUCUUUGUUCCUUCUUUAUAUCAAAGUUCUUCUUUGGUGCAAACAAAAAUUCAAGAAUCUUUUUGUAUACGAUGAGAAUCCGGAAACGACAAGUUCCUCUUCCUCUUUCGUCUCUAUUACCUGUUCCUCUAUCAGAUCUCUACUUUAACAGGUCACCCACGACCACCACAUCUCCAUACUUUUGCGGCCAAGACAGAGACGGCGUUCUUGCUUCUCUUCUUCAGCUUCCGCCACCACCGGCGCCGGUUACUGAUCGAUUGAUUCAAAGAGAUGUGAUUAGGAAGAAUGAGAAGAAAGCUUUGAAGGAUGAGGAUGAUGAUGAUGAUGAUGUAGACGUGAAGAGUAGUACUGAUGCGUCUGGCAGCAAGAACCUUAAUCCCCUAGGAGAAUCCGACUCUUCAACACAAGUUGUCGAGAAGAAUGUUGUUACUUUGAGGAAGAGAAGAAGCUUUAUAAGCUUCGAGGAACAAGGAGAUGAUGAGGAGGAAGAAGAAGCUAAUCUUGGUAAAAAAGGGAAGAAGAGAGCCAAAAAGAGCGGUGCAUUAGAGGAAGGAUCACGGUGUAGCCGCGUUAACGGUAGAGGAUGGAGAUGUUGUCAGCAAACUCUUUAUGGGUAUUCUCUUUGUGAGCACCAUCUUGGUAAAGGAAGGGUAAGGAGCAUGAACAAGAGUGCAGGCCGUCGUGGCGGCGGCGAGAAAAAGGAGGUGGUGAUGGAAGUGAAGAAGAAGAAGAGAGUGAAGCUUGGAAUAGUAAAGGCGCGUUCCAUAAGUAGUUUGCUUGGACAAACCAGCACAAGUAGUGGUAAUGCUGAUGUUGUGGUUUCUGCUGAGAGUGAGAUAAGUGCACCUGCUGAUCAGUUUGCUGCUUACGAUAAGUAAGUCCGUCGAUCAGCAUUUACAGUUGUGUGUAUAUGUUUGUGUACAUAAUGACAAUGGACAUAGCUCUAUGUUUAUGAACACUGUGCCUGUCGAUUGAUCGAGGACUUGGCGUUUUCUCUUGAUCAUACAAUAUAUAUUUGGUGGAUGUUUCCUUUUCA